CAAGCAGAAGAAGGAAAUCUUCGCUCGCUGAGCUACUUCUUUCUCUAUAAUUAUCAGACCCCAAAAAUCUUCGCUCUCGCUGAUCAAAUCUUUGUUGCUAGAUAAUACAUAGGGUCGUACAUACAUAGGUCGAACUAAAUGGCAGAUCACCAAAAGAUUCAUCCAGUACUUGAUCGAGAUGUUGAGGCACCACAUGCAGCAGCUGAGGUACCCUUGGUACCAAGGGGAGCUUCUAAGUCGGAUAGAAGUGAUCCUGCCGAUCAGCAGGGCAAGUAUCCUCCCUUACAACGACGUACCUUUCCAGUGAUGCACUCCCCACCACCCAUUCACAAGAAGAGAAGUUGUUGCCGCAGGUGCCUCUGUUGGACUGUAUGCCUGCUCGUGCUCCAAGUGGUGGUCAUUGCGAUCGCUGGUGGAAUUAUAUACCUCGUGUUCCGACCAAAGCUUCCAAAAUAUUCGGUGGACCAAUUGCAAAUAACCCAGUUCAAUGUUAGCACUGAUCAGACGAGCUUGUAUGCUACUUUCGACGUGAACAUCACCGCACGAAACCCCAACAAGAAGAUCGGUAUUUACUACGAAGGUGGCAGCCGCUUAAGCGUGUGGUAUACACGCACUAAGCUUUGUGAAGGAGCUUUGCCAAAAUUCUACCAGGGUCACCGCAACACCACGCAACUCCUGGUUCAGAUGACGGGACAAAACCAAGAUGCAAGCGGCCUGCUGACCGCUCUUCAACAACAGCAGCAACAGACGGGUAAUGUUCCACUCACUCUCAGGGUCAGACAACCUGUAAAGAUUAAACUCGGCAGCUUCAAGCUCCCAAAGAUCUUCUUCGUGGUCAGGUGCAGGUUGGUAGUGGACAGACUUUCGGAAAAUAAUGAUAUUACAAUUCAAAGCAGCAGUUGCAAGUUCCGGGGGAUUAGGCUGUAAUAUUUAAUUGUAUUAUUCUUUUAAUUAAUUAAUACAUUACAUUUCAUAAAUAGGGCAUAGGCUCAUAGCUAGAGCGCGCGUCGUCUGUUGUCCCAUAGGCGCAAGCUCUCUAUUAUUGGUAAUAUCACAUUUCUUUUCUUCCAUUAAUAAAGAAUUUUCGAGUUUUUUCA